CCCAGUUAUGGAAUGAUGUUUUCAUCUGACACUUCAGAGGUUGCAGAAAAGAACAGUAAGACAAGCAGCUCAGUGGCCUCCGCAGCUGCAUCAACCUCGCCCCAGGAGACGGAUACCACAACCACUGUAGAAUGCAAAGAAGAAAGAGUAGAGAAUGGUAACACCAGUGAAACAGAUAACGCCCUUUCUGUCCCCUCAGUCAAUACUGAAGAAGUUGUUUCAAAGCCUACUCUCUUGCACAAGGUGAAGAAAGAAAAUGCAGCCACCAGAAGCGCUUCUCUUCCCAAUCUGUAUGGACUUGUUGUGGAUGCAGUUAUGGACCACUUCAGCACAGAACCCUUCAAAGACAGUCUGGCCCAAUCAGUGAAGAAUGAGGUGAGACGCACCCUUUCUAUGCCUGACUGUGGAUUGUUGAACACUCAAAUUGAUAAUUACUUUGAGAGGAAAAUGCUAGAGGAUAUGCUGAAGGAAGUAUCCCGACAGUGCGGAGGAACAAGCUCUAGCACCAUGGCGGAAGAGGCUACAGAUGAAGAAGAGAUCUACAGACUAGAAUCUGCUGCAGCACAACUGAUACAGAAAGUUUUCCAGGAGGUCAAGACACAUUUUGUGUUCAAGAUCAAGAAGGGUUCUCCCAAGAGAUGUCUAUCCCCAAAAGUAAGCCGAACAGCCAUCAAUGCUGUGAGCAGUCUUCUGGGUGACAUGGAGACAACUGUGAUGGCCAGUGUUCCAUGUUCUUGUACUACUUCCAGAGCAGAUAUGGAAGGAAUGCUCUCUGAGGCAACAGGCGAGCACCCAGCGAAAUCAAUGGCCUCUGCAAAAGUUGAGUUGAUCGCUGAUGAUUUAGUGGAAGAUGCCAUCGAUAUGUGCAGUGAAAUGAUUUUAGACGACCAGCCACUAGCUCUACUACAUGACGAUCCUGAAGAAGGUCCAUCACAUGUUGUUGUUCCUGGACCAAUUCAGAGCAGCCUGUCUGGAUGUGAUGAACGCCACACAAAAUCACAGGACCCUGCAGUAAAGAUUGAAGACCAUGAGGUAAAGCCAAUUUUGAUUCAAGACACAGCGCUCAUAUCCCCAGGUGAGAAGAAUACGGAUGAAAAAAGAGUCAUUAGAGUAAGUUAUGUCUUUGACUCAUCCCCUAGAAGGAAAGCUCACAAGGCCACCAGAAGCACCUCUUUCCCUAACCUCUAUGUCACCCUUGUGGACGGAGUUCUGGACCAAAUUAGCACAGAACCUUUCAAAGAAAUACUGGCCCAAUCUGUGAGGAAUGAGGUAAGACCUUCUGUCUCUUUGCCUCAAUUUGGAUCGGUGAACCUCAAAAGCGAGGACUGCGCGGAGAAAGAAAUGAUUGAGGAUAUGUUGAAAAGUGUAUCCAGAAAACUCAGUAAAGACCAGGCCUGUCAGCUGACCGGGAAAGCCAGUGAGACCAUGAAUGCCAAUGUAGGUGCCAUUUCACUUACCCCCAAACUACAGUCUACUGCCAAAGACCUAAUCAUCAAAGUUCUGGAGCAGGUCAAGACUAUAAUAAUCAAUAUGAUUAGACAAGAUUCUCCCAACAGGGCGAUUUCCUCCAAGGCAAGCCAGACUGCCAUCAAUGCUGUCAGCGACAUUUUGGGUGCUAUGGGAACCUCUCUCAUGGCAAGCAACACACCAUUUGUUCCUGAUGUGGCUGGACUCCAGCCUGACCUAGAUGAUGUAGCAUCUUACUCAACUGAAGCUUUUGAAGCAUAUCCAGGGAUCUGGAUGUCAUCCCAGAAGAUAAAAUAUAUUGCCUCAGGCCUCAUGGACACUGUCUGUGAUGACCUACUGGAUGUGGAUGGUUUCCUCAGACGGAGCGCUGGUGCAUUAUCCUCACAGGAAGACCUUGAUCUUCAGAAGGUAAUUACUUCAAAACCAGCAUCCCCAGUCAAUUGCAUGCCUGUCAAAAGAUGCCUGUCAAUGUCCUACCUUGAUGCUUUGAAGAAUCCUGAAGACAUUGAAAAUGCUACUCACCUCAGUAGAAGCCUUGACUCUCUCGCCGUAAUUGAUGUGCCUACUUCAACCUCAAAGGAAAUUUCAUACGGCACAGAAUUGAAACUGACACAGUUGCAAAAGGAUGUCUCUGCAUCAUCCUCACUUUAUGCCAUGAGCAACUGUUGGAGCUCAUUGGAGUUUACCUCCAGUGGAUCUGAUAUCCCUAUCGACGAAGAGGCCCAAAGGAUUUCCUACACAGACGAAGAAGACAGUCUGUCCAAAUCCCUCCCGACCUCUUCCAAAUCAGUCUUCAAUGUCUCUGGCCUCGUCCCUACUCCUCCAGAGGGAAAGCCAAAGGUGAGGCUGCCAUGGCGCCCAGUGCUUCGCUGUAGAAAGGUUCCAGAGCAGCCCCCCAACAAGAUGCACAUUUACACAGUUCACAGGGAUGCUUUUCAUUUCCCAACUGAGACAAUGCAAUCGACCAGUCCAUCAUCACCCGAGGGAGACUUCUCAACUCCAGAGUCCCAGAGGCCAAGAGCGGUGGACAGCUCAGACAAGGAGUCUAUCUUUAAUAUAGACUCAUCCAAACGACUCGUCGCAGAGAUAAUGCUGUCUGUUCGGGAGGACGUUGUUGAGGCAAAGCAGAGCGAAUUGCCCGCAAAUCUGUCAAUUGACAAUGAGAUGCUCAACCCUUUGGCUCAGAGUGGGACACCCCGCACUGAUUCCUGAACUGCCUCCAACACCACUCCUCACAGUGAGAGUGAUAACUGAAGAAAGAUUCACAUGUUUACUUGGACAUACAUGAUAGAAGCAUUUGCUUACAUUAUUUUGAAUCACAUUGAGCUAAUAAAGAAUGCAUUUAUUUUCUAAAAAAGACAAAAGCAUUUAUUUACACUGUGUAGUUUUUCUUAGAUGUUAGUGUUAAGUUAGGAAUAUUAAAUUGAAAGUUAGGAGAGAGUAAUUAUAUAUCUUUGCUCUGAAUGGUGACAUUGUUUAAACAGUCUCACAAUUUGACAAUAAAAUAUUAAUACACUUUU